AUGGCCCGGUUCAGCGGCGCCGGCGCCUCCUCCACCACCACCUUCUCCAGCAACGGCUGCCGGUGGUGGUUCUGCUCGUGGGGACUUUUCCUUCUCUGCGCCGUGGCGGAAACUCGAGCAGAUAUCCACUAUGCAACUGUAUAUUGGUUGAAAGCUGAGAAGUCCUUCCAGGUUAAGGAUGUAUUGGACAAGAGUGGUGAUGCUUAUGGCUAUUAUAACGACACUGUACAUUCCACAGGGUGGGGGAUUCUUGAGAUCAAAGCAGGCUAUGGUAGCCAGACCAUAAAUAAUGAAGACCUCAUGUUUGCUGCAGGCUUCUUGGAGGGCUAUCUCACUGCUUCACAUAUGUGUGACCAUAUUGCAAACCUGUAUCCACAACUGAUUAAAAAUUUUGUCAUUGAGAAAGAAGUUAAACAUUUUAUGGGGAAACAAGAUCAGUGGACCAGACAACAAAUAAAAAAUAACAAGGAUGACCCAUUCUGGAGACAUGCAGGGUACAUUAUUGCCCAGUUGGAUGGGCUGUACAUGGGAACUGUGGAGUGGGCUAAACAACAGAAAAGAACGCCUCUCAAUGCCUUUCAAGUUAGUUUCCUCAAUGCAGUUGGAGAUCUGCUUGACCUCAUUCCUGCCUUAUUCUCAGAUUCAGCAGGGUCUAACUAUAAUGUUAUGUCGGGAGGCUCUCGGAGAUACCAGUGGGAAAUGGGUCAUUGCUCAGCUCUGAUCAAGGUCCUCCCUGGAUAUGAGAAUAUCUACUUCGCUCAUUCGAGCUGGUUCACAUAUGCAGCUACUUUGAGAAUAUAUAAGCACUGGGACUUCAAAAUUGAUGAUCCACAAACAAGCGCAGGGCGUGCAUCUUUUAGCAGCUACCCAGGUUUUUUGGUAUCCUUAGAUGACUUUUAUAUACUUGGCAGUGGCUUGAUCAUGUUGCAGACCACAAAUAGUGUAUACAACCAUUCUCUUCUUAGACAAAUAGUACCUGAGAGCCUGUUUGCAUGGCAGAGAGUCCGUAUCGCCAACAUGAUGGCAGACUCUGGAAAGACCUGGGCACAAACAUUUGAAAAGCAAAACUCUGGUACCUAUAAUAACCAAUACAUGGUCUUGGACACAAACAAAGUCAAACUGCAAAGGAGUCUUGAUGAUGGAACUCUCUAUGUCAUUGAACAGAUCCCCAAACUUGUGGAAUAUUCUGAUCAGACAAAUAUUCUCCGUAAAGGAUACUGGCCUUCCUACAAUGUACCUUUCCAUGAAAAUAUAUACAAUAUGAGUGGAUAUGCAGAGUAUGUUAAAAAAUAUGGCCUGGACUUUUCUUAUGAGAUGGCUCCUAGAGCAAAAAUCUUCCGGCGGGACCAGGGAAACGUAACAGACAUGGGGAGCAUGAAGUAUAUCAUGAGAUACAACAACUACAAGAAAGAUCCCUAUGCCAGGAACAAUCCCUGCAGUACCAUUUGCUGUCGGGAAGACUUGAACCCCAAGACUCCAGUUCCUGCUGGCUGCUAUGACUCUAAGGUAGCAGACAUCAAUAUGGCUGCAAAGUUUACAGCCUAUGCCAUCAAUGGCCCACCUGUGGAGGAAGACCUGCCUGUCUUCAACUGGACCCGUUUCAACCGAACGAAGCACCAGGGCUUGCCAGACUCUUAUAACUUUGAUUUCAUCACUAUGAAACCAGUGCUGUGAAAUUGGCACCAGACGUUUAACCUACAGGAAAAAAGGAAAUUCUCUGCUCACACUGUUACAGCUAUACCAAAUAAACUAGACUGUACCCACCUCCAA